AUGCUUCCUACUAUGACUUUCUCCAGUAUAUCCUGGAUCAUGCUUUCCUGCCUUAUAUCCCUGUCUCAAACCCAAGGUAUUGAUUUUGAUAAAGGUAUGCCCUCUACAAAGAUCACCUGUCCAAUAGACUCUAUGCUCUAUUCCUCUUACUGCUAUACCUUAUUUAUGAAACCGACCACCUGGAUGGAUGCAAAUAUAGUUUGUCAGAAACGACCCUCGGGAUCCCUAGCAUCUGUGCUCAGCAAAUCUGAAGCCGCCUUUGUGGCCUCCUUGAUCAGGAAUAAUUUGGAUAACAACUUUGAUGUCUGGAUUGGGCUUCAUGACCCCACUGAGGGCCGUCUCCAUGGAGCUGGUUGGGAGUGGAGCAGUGGUGAUAGAUUGGUUUACCAUGCCUGGGAGUCAGGUGGCCCAUCUAGUCAAAACUUUGGCUACUGUGGAAGUGUGUCAGAAAUCUCAGCAGCCUUACAUCUGGCCGCCCAACGUGUGGGGCCCGAAGGUAAGGACCGGAAGCAAGUAGUGCGACGCCUCCUUGAGAGGGUACAUAAGUAUUUAGAACUGUGGAAAAGAGGAGGGAAAGAAAUGUCUCAUGCCCAUCAGAAAGGGGACUUGAUCCCCGCAGAGGAAUUGGACGCCUACGGUCUAAUCACCAUGGCCCUGAUUUCUUUCCAGUCCGACACCAAGUCGGAAGAGGCUCCUCAGAGUGAGCCUGAUUCUUUGUUCCCUGAGUGGAUGUCCCUUUCUUACAUCAUCGUCAAUAUUGCCUUCUGUUGCCAUGACCAGUUUGUCCUGGAUCCUGCUUUUCUUCUCGGCAGCGUUAGCUCAGAUACAAGUCCAACUUCCUGGAUGGAUGCCAAUGGCCUCCGACCUUAUGGAAGUGGAUGGGAAUGGAGUAGCACUGAUUUGAUGAACUACAAUGCCUGGGAGGUAAAUCCCCCAAUUCCAUAUUCUGGCUACUGUGGAAGUGUAACCAAAAACUCAGAUUUUUUGAAAUGGAAAGAUAAUAACUGUGAUGCUAAGUUACCCUAUGUCUGCAAGUUCAAAUAUUAA